AUGCGUCAGAGACGCUUCACCCCUGUCAAUCGUGCUGUUUUUAAUCCUCUCUUCUAUCGUCCGAAUCUCUACCCACCAUCAUCCACCACUUCCAAACCUAACUGCCUCUUCCAACUCCUUCUUUUAUCCCUUCGUUUUAAUUCAAUAAACUGGCCUUCUCUUCUUCUCAGGCGUUAUAUUCUCUUAAUUAGUUUUCCUUUCUCUUGCCACCCCACCGCGCCACCGAAGGCAGGUCUCGCCAUCCGUCACCGCACCAUUCCUAUUUCUUUUACUUGUUACCCGUCCAUCCUAAGUAAUCCUGUGUUUCUACUUGAUUUGGCUGUAACCGCCUCUCUCUCUCUCUCUCCUUCUCUCUCCUCCCCUCUCUCCUCCUCCCCCUCCCCUUCCUCUCUCUCCCUUCUCUCUCCCUCCCUUCUAUCUCCCUCUCUCCCUCCUUUCUCUCUCCCUUCCUUCUCUCUCCAUCUCCCUCCCUUCUAUCUCCCUCUCUCCUCCUUUCUCUCUCCCUUUCUUCUCUCUCACUCUCUCCCUCCCUUCUAUCUCCCUCCCUUUCUCUCUCCUCCCUCCCUCCCUUCUCUCCCAUCUCUCCCCUCCUCUCUCCCUCCCUUCUCUCUCCCUCCCUUCUCUCUCCCUCCCUUCUCUCUCACUCCCUUCUCUCUCACUCUCUCACUCCUCCUCUCCCCUCUCUUUGUGCUCGUACAUUUAAUCAACCGAAAUUCCUCAACUGUUCAUGCGUCACAUUUUCGUCGGUAUCAACGUUUCAAACUGACUAUUCAUUUCAUAAUGAUUUUUCUUCCCAUUUGGCGUUUUAUCUUUUUGCUCCAUCUUCCUUUCUUUCAAUAUUUAAUUUAUCAUAUCCUAUUUAAACAUUGCUCUAUCUAUCUAUCUAUCUAUCUAUCUAUCUAUCUAUCUAUCUAUUAA